AUGGUGCUCCACGAGUAUACCUACGUUUUUGUCAUCGGCACCUUGUUUGCCAUGCUCGAUGCCUUCAACAAUGGCGCAAACGAUGUGGCCAACUCUUGGGCAACAAGUGUUUCUUCACGCUCUGUCAGCUACAGACAGGCAAUGAUUUUCGGCACCGUAUUCGAAAUGCUCGGAGCCAUCACAGUCGGAGCUCGAACAGCCGACACCAUCAAGAACGGCAUUAUUCCCAACUCCGCUUUCCAGGAUAAUGCUGGUGUUCAAAUGCUUGCAUUUGCCUGUGCCCUUGCGGCUGCUUCCUCGUGGGUCAUGUGGUGCACACGCCACUCUGCCCACGUCUCAUCGACCUACUCCCUCGUUUCCGCCGUUGCAGGUGUUGGUGUUGCAACUGUCGGUGCUUCCAAGGUCCAGUGGGGUUGGAACAAUGGCAAGGGCUUGGGUGCGAUCUUCGCUGGCCUGGGCAUGGCUCCUGCGAUCUCUGGCGGCUUCGGCGCUUCCAUCUUCAUGCUUAUCAAGCUCGUUGUGCACAUGCGCAAGAACCCUGUGCCAUGGGCUGUGUACAGCUCUCCUUUCUUCUUCCUCAUUGCCGGCACUAUCUGCACCCUGUCCAUUGUCUACAAGGGUUCACCAAACCUAGGUCUAAGCAAAAAGCCUGGCUGGUAUAUUGCCGCUGUUACUUUGAGCUGCGGUGGUGGUCUCGCCAUUCUGUCCGCUAUCUUCUUCGUACCAUUUGUCUACGCAAAGGUCAUCAAGAAGGAUUACACUGUCAAGUGGUAUAUGUUCGUUCUGGGCCCUCUCCUUCUCAGCCGCCCGGCGCCCCCAGAUGCCGAGCGUGCCAACGUUCCCAACUACGCUGUGGUUCAGGAAGACGAGAUCGACCGCGAGGAGCAUUCUUCGUCUGACUCUCUGAAGUCAGCCGGCCAAUAUGACAUGAAGCCCGAUAACGGAGAUCUGACCACUAUUACACCCGCCGAAGAGAAGCACAGGGCGAUGAUUGCCAGUGAGACCAAGCAGGCUACCUACAAGGAAAUUAUGGCUCAAGGUCAAGCAAGAUUCCACGCCAAGCUCAGGAAGAAGCGCGGGCCUAUCGGUUGGGCUAUGCGUACUCUACACAACAACCCUAUGGGACCAGGUCAAAUGUACGAACUCCACAACAUCAAAAUUCUUGCUAAGCGUAUUCCCGCGAUGCUAGUCUGUGGCGCUCUCUACGGUCUACACUACGACAUUCACUCCGCUCAGACUGGUCUUGCCGGAACCCCUGAGGGUGAGCGUAUGGCACGUGUUUAUGCGGCGGCGGAGAAGUACCCCAAUGAGGUUGAGCAUACCUACUCCUUCGUUCAGGUCCUCACUGCCUGCACCGCGUCUUUUGCUCAUGGUGCUAAUGACAUUGGUAACUCUGUCGGACCCUGGGCUGUCAUCUACUCGGCCUGGCACACGGGUGACGCAGCUGCAUCCAAGGCUCCUGUGCCAGUGUGGCAGCUGGCUGUCCUGUCUGCUACUAUCUCUCUCGGUCUUAUCACCUACGGCUACAAUAUCAUGAAGGUCAUGGGAAACAAGAUUACCUACCACUCUCCCAGCAGAGGCUGCUCCAUGGAGAUGGGCGCUGCUAUCACCGUUCUCGUCUUCUCCCAGUACUCCCUGCCUGUCUCAACCUCCAUGUGUAUCACUGGUGCUACAGUCGGUGUCGGUCUUUGCAACGGCACACUGAAGGCAGUGAACUUCCAGCGGGUCGGUCUGCUCCUGCUCUCCUGGAUUAUGACAAUCCCUAUUGCCGGUACUCUUGGUGGUAUUCUCAUGGGCUUGUUCCUCAACGCUCCGCACUUUGCUAGUGCCUAA